CAUCCACCUAUAUAAACUCCUCCGACGCCGGUGAAUAUCAAUAGUAACCCAACGUCAAGAACGACGACAAGAUGAUGAAGAAAAAAUUGUUAGUGACCUUCUUAGUCCUAUCUGCAUCGGUAUUAACCCAGGCAGAAGAGGAGAAGAAAAAGGAAGCUGAAUCAUCUGAUAAAAAACAAACCAAAAGAGGAUUACUUUCGUUAGGUUAUGGAUAUGGAGGUGAUUUUGAUAAUGGAUAUUCAGUUGGACAAGGAGGUUAUUUAGAUGGUGGACAUUCCAUCAUUGGUGGUCAUGGUUUACUUGGAGGAUACAAUUUAAUUGGAGGUCAUAAUUUAAUUGGUGGUCAUUCUGGGUUUGGAGGUGAUUUCUUAGGGGGAGGACUUGGUUAUGGCCACGUUGAUUUGGGACAUAACACCCACGUACAAAAGACGAUAACUUUACUUAAAGGAGUUCCAGUGCCAUAUCCAGUUGAAAAACAUGUUGCUGUACCAGUUGAGAAACACGUUCCGUAUCCUGUUAAAGUUUUGGUACCUCAACCUUACCCCGUAGAAAAACAUAUUCCAUAUCCGGUUAAAGUCCCGGUAAAAGUGCCUGUUCCAGUACCACAACCUUACCCGGUUGAAAAGAAAGUACCUGUACCAGUGCACGUUCCAGUUGAUAGACCAUAUCCGGUUAAAGUUUUAGUUCCCCAACCAUACCCAGUUGAGAAACACAUUCCAUAUCCGGUUAAAGUACCUGUUCCACAACCUUAUCCGGUUGAAAAGAGAGUUCCGGUACCUGUACAUGUUCCAGUUCAUGUACCACAACCUUAUCCGGUUAUCAAACAAGUUCCAGUUGAGGUGAAAGUACCAGUUGAUAGACCGUACCCAGUUCAUGUCCCACAACCUUAUCCAGUACAUGUUGAAAAACACAUCCCUGUACCAGUUGAAAAACCAGUACCUUACCCAGUUAAAGUUCCGGUUGAUAGACCUUAUCCCGUCCCAGUUGAAAAACCAUAUCCAGUAGAAGUUAAAGUACCAGUACCCCAACCCUAUCCAGUUUAUAAAGAAAUCCAUGUACCAGUAGAAAAACCAUAUCCAGUACCAUACAAAGUUUUAGUUGAUAGGCCAUAUCCAGUUACCGUUGAAAAACAUGUUCCUGUAACAGUUGAAAAACCAGUACCUGUUCCAGUUAAAGUACCAGUACCAGUGCACGAAGGUUACCAUCAUCAUGGAUACGAUCAUCACCACGACUGGUAGAAAAUAAGUAAACUUAACAAAACGUGUUCUUUUAAAUUUUCUUUCUUUUCUUGUAUGAUAUUAAUUUGUCUGUAAUUUAUACUAUUUUUCUUUAAAAAAAAUAAAUGUUUUUUUUUAAUAAUUAGUGUGAUUCAAUUACUAUAACGGUUCAUUGUAAAGGCCAUUACCACUAUAAAGAGAUCAAGGACA